CUAAUAGUAAGCGCUGUCACGACACCUCGCCAUUUCCUGGUGGCGGCGAACUGAACAGCUUCUUCACACCUGCUUCAGCUGUUCUGAAGAUGAACCUGAACUUGACCGUCCCUGUCGUUCUGUUUCUCCUGCUCUGUCUGAACGCCUUCCGUCCGGCAAAGAGUGCAUGUACACGCCAGAUCCUCGGACGGCGAGGCCAAAUAUGGAGCAUAAAGGAUGUGACGUCAGACCACUGCGAGUGGGAUAUCUGGACUUCUCCAUACGAUAUUAUCUUGAUUAAUUUCGACUCCUCCGGUUACCGGCGAGGUUCAGAAAACUGCACCGCCGACGUUCUGAAGUUUCACGACGGAAACUCUCCAACUAGCAGAACUAUCGACACGUUCUGUGGAGACCAGACUCCAGCGACGGGUUUUGAAGACGUAAGGAGUUUGUUAGACCUGUCCACGGCGAGUACCGGCCCUCAGAUGUACGUCGUCUACCACCGCAACCCUCUGUCUCAGCACAGAUCCGAGUUUAAACUUACGUUCACUACAAGACACAAUAACGAUGUCCCAGAGUUCAACGAGGAAACUUUCGUCCCACAAACGGCACCGGUUUUUAACUACACCACAGCUGGGGAUUUUGUGCAAGUUGAGCUGGAACACCUUUUAGACGCAGAUCCGUUUUACUACCCAUACGGCUACACAACCUACAAAAGGACAGGUGAUUCCCUGCAGCUGUAUGUCACCAUUCAAGAUUACGUCCUUACGGCUUCCAUCCUGGCUUCAAACUUCGACUACACCUGUUGGUACACAUCUGACAACUCUCCUGCGUCUGUUUUGCUGACCGUGCCGGCUGAGUAUGACAGGUCAGGUUCUCAUCAACUGGACUGGCCAUGGGUCCCGGUCAGAAGUCAUGACGCACUCAAUUUUGAAAAAACUGAAGGAGUCAUUAUAUACAACAUUUCUGGCGAGAAGCUGCAGACUGGAGAGGAGAUCACCGUGCAGUGUGAAAUAUUCAUUGGGACGCUGACGACAAAAGUCCGAGUGACAGCCUGCCCCAUCGGGCGGUUCGGGCGGUUCUGUGCGGAGCGCUGCCAGUGUUAUAACGGAGCAGCAUGUCACAGCUUCAACGGCGCGUGCAGGUGCGCCCCUGGCUGGACUGGAAGGAACUGCACCACAGAAAACCCAGAAGUGCUCAUCAGUCCUCCAGCCAGAGAACUAACAGACUUGCGGAUCGGACAGGAACUGCAGCUCACGUGCACGGCUUACAAACUUGACGUCACUGACAUCAAGUGGAUCUUCAAGAGUGGGAUUUCUGUCGACCAGCUAAAUGUUACAAACAGCAAGAACACUUCUGUUCUGAACAUCAACUCCCUGGCGCCUGUGCAUGAGGGUCACGUGACCUGUGAGGGUCUUACCUCCAGCGGAGAAACGUACACUGACGUGGUGGACAUACGGAUAGUGUGUGAGGAGGAUUAUUUGGGCCCGUUGUGUGACCGAGUCUGCAACUGUACCGAAAAGGACAUCUGUGACCGGUUCCAGGGCUGCGUUUGUCAGGGGAAUGAUUGCCCGGACUCCCUGCUCUUGAUCAUCAGUCUGUCAGCAGGCGGGCUGAUACUCCUUCUACUACUCGGCGCCAUUAUUCUGCUCUACAGGCAAAAUAACAGGCUGCGGGUCGGCAACAUCGACGAUCCGGAAGUUUUCCAGCUCCGACAGGACCUCAAGGCCCUGAUGCCGCCUGCAGCAGGCUCCUCGUCAGGCAGUAUCGACAUGGAGCUGCUGAAGGAAAGGGAGAUCGACAGAAGCAGGCUGCAGGGCGGAAAGCUCCUGGGAGAGGGCGCUUUUGGACAUGUCGUCGAGGCAACGCUCACACAACCCGAGGAAGUCGAUGUGGUGGUGACUGUAAAGAAACUCAAAGACGAUGAUGACCCCCAGGCCAGACAGGCCCUUCUGCGGGAAACCUGCAUCAUGUUGUUGUGCGGUAACCAUGACAACGUCCUCAGGCUGAAAGGCAUCUGUUUUAGAGACGGCCCGCUCCAACUGGUUCUGGAAUAUGCCGAACACGGGAGUCUCCUUCACCUGCUGUGGACUUUACGUGCGGAGUCCAAACUCAACAGGACCGUUCUGGUCAAAAAACGGCACAUCUUCGAGAACAUGAUGGUGGAGGUCUGCUGCGGACUGGAGCACCUGGCGACCAUGAGGCUGGUUCACCGAGACAUCGCGGCCCGGAACAUCCUGAUCUGUGGGAAGGGAACCGCCAAGAUCGCGGACUUCGGGCUGGCCCGGGACAUGUACGCUGUGGGGUACCAUCGGCAGCACAGGGGCCACGACCUGCUGCCGCUGAAGUGGAUGGCGCCAGAGGGCCUGAAGAACGAGGCUAGGUUCACACACAAGAGUGAUGUCUGGUCCUUCGGGGUUCUGUUGUGGGAAGUGGCGCAGCUGGGCCGCACGCCGUAUCCUGGGAUGGAGGGGGCAGGCAGAAUAUAUGAUGCUCUGCAAAACCACUUCAGACUCCCUAGGCCUCAGUUGUGUACAGAAGAAAGAUACCAGCUGAUGCUGAAGUGCUGGAAGUUUAACGAGAAGUCCAGGCCGGACGCCACAACUGUCAGGAAACUACUGAAGGCGGAUCCCAACGGCUUUUUCUACUUCGACACACCUGUGGCAGCGAUAGAGGCACCAUUAACUCCGGUAUGAGACCUGUGGCAGCGAUAGAGUCACCAAUAAUUAACUCCGGUAUGUGACCGAAUCGGACGCAAAUACAAGACUAAAGUGACGUCAGCCUGGAUAUAGCUGAUGGCUGCACAAGACUGGACAAUACUACUAUUAA